AGAGAACAAAAACUGAGUUAUGCUUUGUGCAGUUAAUCGACAAUGCAAGGGUUUCGACGAAUCACCACAGCGACCAUCUCUACCGCAAAGCAAUUCAAGUCUCUAACAUCCAUUAUUCCCGCCGAUACGCAUUUCUCUCCUUCCGGCAAAGUUCCGGUGACGAGAAGGUGGCUGUCGAGCCGCAAGUCCCGGAGCGGCGAGGACGAGUGGAACGAGGCAUGGGAAACGGCGUGGCUGCCGGAGGACUUAACACCGAAGACGCGAGCUCCAUGGGAAAGCGACGUCAACUUCCCUUCCUCCUCUUCCUCCGCCGCAGUGGCGGUUGACGCCGUGCCCGAGGCCGAUGAGGAGACGAAAGCGUUCGUGGCAGAGAUGAACGAGAAUUGGAACGAGCGGCGAAGAGGAAGAGGAUCGAAGGAGAAGGAGAAGAGGGAAGAAAAUGGCGCGCUUUACAGCGUGGAGAAUAUGAAGAAGGAUUAUCGACUGAAGAAACAGAGGCUGCACGCUGGACUGUGGUUGAAGGAGAUUGAGAAGCUCGAGGAGGCAAAAUUGGCCGAUUCUGACAUUGCUGCUGGCGAUGACAUUCAGAGAUUGAUUGAUAGUUGCUCCGACAUUUUUUACCCUGGCAAUAAUGAUCUCAACAAUGCACAAGUGCAAACUGCGGAGUUCAAAAAUAUGCCUGAUGGAUGGGAAACGAUAUCAAAAAAUCAAGAAGGAAAUGUCUGGGAGAUGUCCCAGAGAGAAGAAGAUAUACUUCUCCAGGAAUUUGAACGACGUAUUGCCUAUAGCAAAUUUCAGAUUGCUAGUUUUAUCAAGACUCACAUAUUUAGCAGGAGGAGGCCAAUUGAUGGGUGGAAAUAUAUGAUAGAGGUGGUGGGACCAAAUGCUAAGAGAGGAAAGGGUAGUGUUUCGAGAGUACCAAGUCUGUCUGAUCCCUCUACAAAACCUUUUAAGGAGGAGAAAAAUUCAGUUGACAAGACUUACCUUCCUCUUCAGAGAAGGUAGCUUGCUCAUGUUGGUGCAGCGGUCUUUUGAUUAAAAAAUGGGUGAAUAAAGGACAGUUACUGCUACUUAGCCUUUAUUGACAACAGAUGCUCUCCAUGCAAUCUCUGCUAAGGUUCAAAACCGUGGUUGAAUUAUAAAAGCAGGUGACGAUAUGACCCAGGAUGAAUGUGAUACUAAUUAGUGGCCUAAAAGCAAAAGGAGUUUUCUCUUUUGCCAUGUUAAAUAUUACCUAAUAUGUGAAAGCAUUUAGGGUUAAACUGGAGGAUGUACACGAGGAUAUUGAAUUGGGCUUCACAAUUUUUUUAACA